AUGUCUGCGAAUCGCGCUCCUGCCGCCAUACCCUACGACCUUCGCAAGAAGCACAUUCCUCGCAUCCCAUCCCCAGCCCCGAACCAGGAUCCCGCUGGCAAUUAUACUCCGAUGGCCGCUGCAAGGAAGAUAAGAAAAAUGAGGCAAAAGAAGGCGUCUGAAGCGUCUAGAGCGUCUGGAGCAAGGAGUUCUGCUGAGAGACCUCAGGCAAAGGCGCCGGCGAGCCAAAAACGCUCAUUGCCAGCACCUUCCAACGCGUCAAAACGUGUCAGAUUCGAGAUAUCCAAUGAAGCCGUUACUGAGUCGGUCCCUGAAGCUGUUGGUGACGCGUCUGACGAUGCCCCGGUCGAUACUCCUGCCAAUGCUCCUGACGAAGUAUCCGAUUUGCAGGAAUCCGUUGAUAAUGAGUCCCCUCGUGAGCCUCCUGCUGAGGACGAGGAAGAGGAAGCUGCCAGAGCGCUUUAUACCACCAAAGAACGCUUUAAGAAGCUCGUAUACAAGAGACGCGUGGAGGAAGCCCGUCGCAGGUUGCAAGAAGCCGAGGAGGACACCUAUAUUCCGACAUCGGAUAUAGAAGAAGAGAUGGAUGAGCUCCUACGCGCUGCUGACUACCCUGUGGCCUUAUAUCUACGCAUAUAUCUCAAUAAGACGUUGGUUGUUCGCAAGGCUCUGCCUGAUUCUACUCGCCCAAUCGUGAGACUGGCGACUGGCCGUGGAGGAUCAAAAGCUCACGAUAUCGACGAUUUUACCAAUGCCGAAGCGGAGCAGAUCCUUGCUCUACUGGAUAGGCAACAUAAGACCUUCCCAAGAAGCCAAAUACAGCUUCAUUUUGAAAUCAAAGUGGUCUGUGAAGCCUUGCAAGGAAAUAAAAAGAAGUCAAGACAAUCCUCUCAGCCUCCAAAGCAGUCAACCACCGAUGAAGCUUCUUCUCCUAUAUCAAGCUCUCCUCCGGUUGCUUCAACGCGUUCUAAUCGUACUGGCAGGCUGUUGGAGCAACAUUCUCGUCGCCUAGAAUCCAUACGGAUUGCAGGAGAUUUUCAACGUCAGUUGAUGGAGCGAUACCGCUGUCUUGACGACAAUUGUACAAACAAAAAUAAUUACUGUUUCCCUGAUCCUACAGAUCCAAAUCUCCAUUAUAAUAUUACCGCUGCUCAGCACGAGAUGUGGGCAA